CGGAAAACUGCAGUUAACUUUUCUUUGCUAUGGUUGUAUUACAUCACAUUUUUUAUUGUAAAAUUAUGUUAAGACAAUCAAUGUCGCUGUUACAGUAUUUCACCGGUUAUUAAGUUAGAUUAUUAGUUAUUUUCUAAAAUGUCUGUUGUUCGCACACUUCGUUACCGUUCGCGAUAUUAUUUGUUGAUGUCAUUCGUGUUUUAUUAUUGCAAUGUUUCAUGUAUCUCGGUACAGUAUAACGUACAAUCACAAAUUAAUCUGUGGAUCAAUGACAUCUGUUACCAUCACAUGUCUCUCUGCUGCUUGUUUUUCACAGAUAGAAAUAAAACUUAUUAGCAAUAACAAUGGCAUGUACAAUGUUCAAACAGUCCAGCAGUCCAACAUUCAGGUAAAAAUAUUGAUUCCAGACCAAACGGUUAAAUUGCUCUCUAAUCAGUUAUGUACAAAUAAAUUACAUCCAACAAAUAACAAUCAAAUUGUUAUGCAGCAAGUUGUUCAACCUCAAAACAUUCAACUAAUGAAAAUUAAUUCAAAUGAAAAUGUGAUGAUAAAUAAUCCUACAGUUAUCCAACCACCUACUACUGUUAAUACUUUUGUUUUACUUAAUGUUCAACCAAAUGUUGUUCAACCAAAUAUUGUUCAAACAAAUGUUUGUGUACCAAAUGUUUUUCAAACAAAUUUUAUUCCUGCACAAUGUCUUCCUCCUAAAAAUCCACAAAAUACCAUGGCUAUGAGAUCAAUUAGUCUAAACACAAAUAAUAAUCAAAUUCAACCUCAACUAGUUAUACCACCUACUGUUUUCAAUGAUGUAAUUUUUGUAAAUCAUAAGCAAUAUUAUAGAAUACUUAUAAGAAGACAACAAAGAGCAAAAUUAAUAGCUCUUGGAAGAAUACCAAAAACCAGAAAAAAAUAUCUUUAUGAAUCACGUCAUAAACAUGCUAUGAAUCGAAUACGUAAAAAAAAUGGCUGUUUUUAUUAAAGAAUAAUGACGAAAAGAGCUAUGCCAAAAUAUGAGGAUACUAUACACAAAUUUGGUGACUGUAAUGAUAAAAUGAAUAUUUAUGAUUAAUUUAAUAUAUUUUUAAUUCUAAUGAAAUAAUAUAUUAUGAAUUGCUAUUGAAAUAAGGUUAGAACAAAUGAGUUCUAUUUUGAUUUUUACUAUUUUUUUUUUCUUAAUGAA